UACAUGGGGGCUCAAAUCAUUUGUCCUAGCUCAAUUUCUUAAAUUCUCAUCUUCUUGGGGACAAGAAGAUUCUCUUGCGGAGGGUAUUGUUACAUAUUAUAGUAAAAGGAGAAGGAAUGUGAGGAAAGUAGUGUAACUGCUUUUGGAGGGAAAUACCUAAAAUAGUUCAGGUUUGAUAGAGUUAGUUUUGGAUGUCUGAAUCUGUUAGAGAGCAGUUACUGCUGUGUGUAUAAAGGGUCAGCUCAUACCUGUAUGGAUUCAUUCAAGAUUCAAUUCAAUAAUAUACUCUCUUCUCUUCUUUAAACCUCUGUUCUCUUCUCUUCUCAUCUCAUGUCUCUAAUCUCUUCCCAUCUCAUUCUUUUCUCUUCUCAUCUAAUUCUUUUCUCUUCUCAUUUCAUCUUUCUUCUCUGUUCUGAGUUCCAAUCUCUGUUAUCAGAUCUGAUCCAUAUCAAUUUGUCAGAACUAGAUGUGUGUCAAUUGGCGAGUUUAGUGUUGAUUAUUAUCACGGGAGAGGAAACAAGUGAAACAAAAAGCAUGUAUAUUCAUCAGCUAGUGAACUGAUCUGGUCCCAGUUUCUUAAUUUUCAAACUGAUGGCGUACAUGCAGUUCUGGGAGAUGUCAAAUAAUUCAUAGGAGGCAAGUUCAUGAGCAAUAAUGUUGGCAAUCGGAAACUGCCAGUUCAUGCUCAUCUCCUAAUGCUACUGUAAUCAAGGACUCAAUUCCAGAGAGGAUUUCAAUUAAUGACAGCUUGAACUUAUUUUACUCUGGAUAUAAUAUUAAGUCACCUUUGAUGAAUAAUGCACCUUCAGAAAAUACAGUUCAUUCUCAAAUAAUCAGUGGCAUCUCUGCUGGUACCAAUUGUUCUGCAGUUGAUGCAUUGCACGAGGCAAUUCUGCAGAAAAGAAGCAGAGACAAGCAGGGAUACCAUAAAUCUGACAGAGAAAUGUUAAUAAGACAUGACAUGGUUGUACUUGAUUCUUUGGAAGAAAAUUAUGGAACAAGGCCUGCCUGUUUAACCUUUAAUGACACUUCCAUUGCAUGUAUCAAUGGUCAAGAUAGUGCUUGUAAUAUGCAUGUGAUUCCUAAAUAUUCAAGGGAAUCUGGGAAGAUAUUUGAAUCAAGAAGCAAAUAUGGAUUGUCGGGCUCAUUGCAUUCUGGAAAAAUUGGGACAAAAGUGCAUGAAACUAAAACAGAUAUUAUUUUGAAUGGAGGAAAUAUGUCAAAUAUAGAAAGUACUUUUAAUGAUGAGACAGGAGAAUUGAAUUAUUCUUAUGAAACAACUCUUAGUAAGGGAAGUGUAAAGGGUAAAUGUGCAUUGCUGCCUGUGGGUACCAAAAUUUCUAAAUCAUCAAAAUCAACAACAAAAGUCUUCGGAGAACAAUCAUUCUCAGAAGUAGAGGGCAGGGGAAAAAUUGCUGACGAUUCAAAGGCCGUUAGAAUGGGGUGUGCAAUUCCUGCUCCAGGAAGCAGUGUGGUUGCAGGCAUUGGUUUUAUGAAGACGAUUGGUGUAAGGAAGUCAACUAGACUUGGUAGACAGGAUGUUACAGGACUACAUGGUAUACACCAAAAAAGUAAUGUUUAA